AGAACCGAACCGACAGUCAAUUCAAAAUUUCAAAACAAACCCGAGAUUGUUGUUCAGACACGCAAUGUUUUUACUCUGACCUAGCUGGCUGUUACAGACGCAACUCAAUUGCUCAUUUAAAAACCGCAAUACGAUGGACGCAGAUGAAAAGCACGACUCCGGUAGAAAUGAUAAAUCGGUGGAUACUCCUAAACCGCCUUUAAUCGAGGAUUUCCUCAUUUUGAAGCCCAUCAGCCGCGGAGCUUUUGGCAAGGUUUACCUUGCACGGAAGAAGUGCAAUUCGCGAUUAUAUGCCAUUAAAAUGACAAAGAAAGCAGACAUGGUUGAUAAAAAUAUGAUGGGCCAGAUGAAGGCGGAGAGAGAUGCACUUGCUUUGAGCAAAAGCCCCUUCGUGGUUCACCUGUUUUACUCCCUUCAGACAGCCACCAAGAUCUAUCUGGUAAUGGAAUACCUCAUUGGUGGAGAUGUCAAAUCUCUGCUUCACAUCUAUGGGUAUUUCGACCAGGAUAUGUCUGUAAAGUACAUUUCAGAGGUUGCACUAGCUUUGGACUACCUCCACCGACAUGGUAUAAUCCACAGGGACUUGAAGCCAGACAACAUGCUCAUAUGCAACAAAGGUCACAUCAAACUGACAGACUUCGGCCUUUCUAAAGUCAAGCUUGACAGAGAGCUGAGUCUUAUGGAUAUCCUUACUACUCCAUCCUUGGCUAAACCAAACAAAGAUUACUUCCGCACUCCGGGUCAAGUCCUCUCCUUAAUCAGUGCCAUUGGAUUUAAUUCACCUGCAGGAGAAGCCAAGCGUCACUGCAGUACAUCUGCUGUGUCCAGUUCCAUGUCCUGUGGCAAAAUAAAACAGAAGAAUAGCUCUCUUGGUUCUCCCUUGAUGAAGAUAAAAGAUCAGUGGUCCUCUCCGGUUCUUCGGGUUACAGGACCCAACAAUGUUGUCUUUAGCCCUCAUAACCUGUCUAAAAAUCUGACCACCAAACUGCUGAAGAUCAGGAAGAGGUGUGAGACGAUGAGUGUAUGCAGCACCACCGACACUGAAGGUGGCAUCAGUCCACUGUGGGAAUGUGAGGACAUACAACAUACCGGUGCAGAUAAAGAAAAUGAGCAGAAGGGGGAAUUGCAUUCUGAGUCCAAAGGGCCCGACCAAGACGGCGCGCCCAUCUUUGGCUUCUCUGCCGGUGGCACGAGCGUUCUGUCAGAUCCAGACCAUCUUGCAGAAAAGAGUCCUCACACCAACAAACUGGGGUCCGCAGCUUCGGAUGACUCUUUUCUAUCAGCCUCAUCCGCAAAGAGAAAAUUUUCUGACAUUGGGAGAAGCCCCGUCCCACUGGAGAUCCAAGCCAAGAGGAGCAAUGCAAUCUAUAAGAGAUGCUACGAGAUUCCAGAAGAGACUAUGAGGUUUCACACUGGCCUGACUGGAACAUUUUCAACCAUCCAAAUAGGUGACUUCAUGGUCUCCACUGAGAGGAUUGGGUCAGCUGAAGACCAGAUCCCAAAGCGCUCCAGUCCCAUUGCUGUGGCCAAAAGUCUGUUUAGUGAACUGGAGGACGUGUUUGAAGACGAAGCCAAGGACCUGUCGCAUUCAAGUUUCACAUCACCACUUGCCGGGAACAGUGACAUUUGCAGGAGCUUGAGCCUCGACUCUGACGGGUCUAUGCACGAAACAUCCCUCACUAUCGACAGCCAUGCAUUUUUCAAGCCAAGCACAUGUUCCAUAAACCGGAAUUUAGCAUCACCCGAGGAACAAAAGGAAAAUAAAGACGUGUCCGUCACUGAAUCACUCCCACAAACUCCCUCUGCUGUUAACACUGGAACACCCAAACUCGGUCACUUUAGCCGGGGAGGAUCUCAGUGCUCCUUCCUUAACCAGCUCUCUGAUCCGGCACAGUCCUCCUCAUUCCUCAAGCCGCGAAAUGUUGUAGCUUUCCGUAGCUACUGUAGCUCCAUUAACCGCUCCAAUGCAUCAGGGAUGUCCCGAUUUAGCGUCGGUUCUGUUGAGGCUAUGGACAUGUCCACAACCGCUUCUUAUCACCCUGCGUCUGGCAAUGCAACACCAGUGCAGAAAAGACCCAGCUCCAACAGCUCACUCUAUCAGACUCCUCAGCCCAUGUCGACCACUUGCACCCCUUUCAGGACCCCUAAGAGUGUCAGAAGGGGUGCACUGCCUGUUGAGGGCGCACCCAUUUUAGGAACUCCUGACUAUUUGGCUCCAGAGCUGCUCUUGGGAAAACCGCACGGAAGUCGUCAGUGUGACUGCAUGGUGGAUUGGUGGGCGCUAGGUGUGUGUCUUUUCGAGUUCCUCACAGGUGUGCCACCUUUCAACGACGAGGCGCCUCACCUGGUCUUCCAGAAUAUUCUCAACAGAGAUAUUCCCUGGCCUGAGGAAGAAGAGGAGCUGUCUGUAAACUCAAGAAAUGCGAUUGAAAUCCUCCUGACCAUGGACAUGACAAAACGAGCUGGUCUAAAGGAGCUCAAGCGUCACCCCCUGUUUGAGGGCCUGGACUGGGACAACCUGCAGAACCAGCCGAUGCCUUUCAUCCCUCAGCCAGAGAACGAAACGGACACCUCGUACUUUGAUGCGAGAAACAACGCUCAGCACAUCCGCAUGUCUGGCUUCAGCCUGUAGACGUCCAAACAGCAACAGUUGAGUUUUAUCAAAGCAGCCUGCCAACUGCCAAAAAUAAAUUCACAUCCAUUAUACAAACAAAUACACGGUAACGAUGUAGAUUCUGAUUGGUUCUCUGUUCGUUGUAAUACUUCAAAAAAACAAAAACAAAUUUUUUUUACCUAUGUGCAAUCGCCGUUCACAAGAGCCAGAAAAUAGCUGAAUCUGUUGACUUAUUUACAAGUGCAAUGCGUUGUAGACCGUAAACUUCUUUUACAACCAUUUCACAUAGUUGUCUCUUAACCCUUGUGUUGUCUUCCCGUCAACCAUGAAAACAAACACUUUUGUUGUCCCUAUCUCAACGUUUCAGCUGCUUUUUUUCCAAGUUUUAGUGUUUUUUUUUUUUUUUUUUUUUUUUUUUUUUUUCA